AAUGCUAGACUGUAGACAUUAAACGUCUAGAUGUUGUGUGUUGUAUACUUCAUCGGAAGAGCGCCAAGAGUCUGAGAGCAUCCGCGGUCCAGCCAGAGUUUCGGCGUGACUUCCAACUGGCAUCAUCUUCUCUCUCCAUUGAUGUCUUUCUUCUCUGGAGAUCUCCUGGAUACCUCCUCUUUUCCUUUUCACUCCUGGUUGAUUACUUCCUUUUCAACUGUUUCUCUCAGUUCCUUCCAUCCGUGACUGUGACCAACAACUGCCCUGCGGCCACAUGGCGCCGAACAUCGCCUCCGCGAAGAUCACCCUCUCAUGUCCGCUGUUCGCAGCCGACUUCGACCCGCGAAAUAAUGGCUUCCUGCUAGUCGGUGGUGGCGGAGGAGAAGGUCGCAGUGGUGUUGGCAACAAGAUCGCUCUCCUCGAUACCUCCAAACGCAAUGAGAUCGCAGAAGUCGUGGACAUUGAGCUUUCGCGCGACGAGGACUCGGUUACUUCUCUGGCGGCUGCGCAUGCGGACGAUGAGUCGGUCGUUGCGUUCGCGGGGAUCAAUAGCUCCCAGAAGGAGCAGCUAGAGGGGAAUAAUCAGCAUUUACGAUCGUUUCGGGUCGCGUAUCCUCCCAGGAAGAGUACAGCAGCGGUGACGGGGCCGGAAGCAAAUGCAGAAGGAGAGGUAGAGAAGGAGACGACGUCGGCCAGCACGGUCUCUAAGCAGCAGAAGACGGUGCCAUUGUCGCGAGCGUCGUUGUUCAGGAAUCCAACUACAAAGCCCGCCAAGGGCCAGAAGAUCGAUACGUAUCAGCGGAUCUUGAGGCUGUCGCCGUGGAGGGGACCAGAUGCUCCGCGCAUUGGGGCCGUCGCGACGGGACUGGCACCCUCCGGGGAGAUUGUGCUGUUUAAUGUGACUACGACGCCGAGCGAGUCGGACAUUCUAGCCCGGAUACAACUGGGCGCUGGGGAGGAAGCAGAGGAUCUUGAUAUCAUUGAUUUGGAGGACGGCAACUUCCGAGUUGCGUAUACCGAUGGCGUCCAGGUCUCCAUAUUCGAUAUCUCGUCCAAGAGCAAGUCGAAUACUUCACCAGAGAUACGGUCCGUCUAUACCAUGCCGAAAACCAAGACGAGGCCGAAAUUGCGUGCCUUGCGCCUCCUCUCUCCGUGGGCUGUGCUGGUGCUUCAGAACGCCCCGAAUCGAUCUGGAUGUGAGCUGGCGGUGUUGUCUAUACCUCCUUCUGGGCCUGCCCAGGCGACUGUCAUCCGCCGUCGGAAGCUGCCCAGGUCGAUGAAGAUCGGAUUGGGGCUCGAUGUAUCCAAUCUGGGAGAAAACGAGACAAAAGAACGCCAGUACGUUCUGGCUGUGUCCGGUAGCGAUCAGUCGAUUGGGGUCUAUACUCUCGAUUACAGCCCGAAAAAGGGCUACAGUGCACCACGGCCAUACACCACUCUACGGGAUGUCCAUCCAUUCUCCAUGACCAAGCUCUGCUUCUCGACGUUCACCCCUCCUGCCCACCCAGUCACGGCGGCUGUCGGUCCUCAAUAUCUCAAGCUGGCCUCCGUCAGCAUGGGCAAUACCGUCGUCGUCCACACAUUCCCUCUGAUUCCAUGGCCACCUCCAUCCCGCACUCCCCGCUAUCUCCUCGUCAAGCCCGGCCACCCGGAGACUUGGGACACCAUCUUCAGCAGCUUCAUCGCCCUCCUCGUCGUCGUCCUUGCCUGCUUCCUCCUGCAAGCCUUCACCGAAAUCCGCGGCGGCACUCCUCCCUAUCUGGGCGCUACAGACUGGCUCUCUCCCCGCGUGCGCGCAUGGAUCGCUCGUCCCUACAUGUUCGAUCACCACAUCCCCGGCCGCGUAGUACCAGACAUUACUCCCCCUUCCCCCAUCCCCCAGAUCAAAGUCCAAGACGAAUCCCUUCGCAAGCUCCUCUCCGCACGCCGCGCCGCCGGAGCAAUCGACCUCGCCUCCGACACGGCCCCCCAACCCCCCGCCAUCUUCGUCCGGGACGAAGGAACCGCCAUCUCCGCAUAUACCGCCCAGGGCGCCGAAGCGCUCAUCCAGCAAGAAACAGCUCGGAAAUGGGAAGACCUCCACGAAGAGGAACGUGAGAAAUGGAAGAAACGCCUCAUCGAAGCGGGCCACUGGGCCAUUGAAGAAGGAGAGGCUGUUCUCAAGGGUGUGUUCUUCAGUCAGAUCGGUGAGAUAAUCGGUGGUGCGAUUGCGAGAUGAUGAUGAUUAUCAUAUUUCAAUGAUAAUAAAUUAAGCAUUGAGAUGAAAAAUAGAGAAAAGAAAAAAGAAAGGAUUAAUUAAUAUUGAAUUAAUUUUUUGGAAAGAUUGCGAUGUAUCCUAUCCUAUCCAUUCUGAAUCGAAAGGGUUUGUACACAUGCAUAAACUUGGGCUGGGGUAGUUAAUAGAAUAGAUAGUAGGUUUCCAUGUUGCUCAAAAGAGUGUUGCUUUGGCUCUGUUGUGGUUAACAUGCCGAUAAGUAGG